AUGAUUGGAGACAUUGUUGAUUCUCAGCGUUCGCCUAUUUCGCAACCACCACAACAGCAACGAGCAUUCAGAGAGUCCUGUCAGAAUUGUGCAGAUUCAAAGGUCCGAUGUAGUAAAAACAAGCCGACAUGCGCGCGUUGUGCUCGCCGAGGCACGCCUUGUGUCUACCAACAAUCCAGGCGUGCGGGGAGAAAGCUCACGUCUGUCGGACAAGCCAAACAAGCGCGACGAGCUGCCACAAAUGCCCUGAGCGAUGUUUCGAGCUCAUACACGUGGGAAGUCGACAUUGAAAACAAUGACUUACAGCUCUCUACUCCCGGAUCCGACACCACACCAAACACCACACCGAACACCACCGCCAGUCAAAUGGGCCUCAAUGAUAGCCAAGCGAUCCCAGAAAACCUCUCCCCCAUUGAAUCUUUUCCCAAUAUUUCUGGGUCGACAGAAUGGUGUUCCAACGAGAUGUUCAAAACCCUCUGCAUUCAAUCAGUUCCACUCAUGUGCGGAGACGAUGCCGACUUUGCCCUGCACAUGUCGCAGGACCUAACAAACUUGAACGAUGGAUUUAUUAGUCUGGAUGAUUCAGGUAGAGGUUCCGUUCCUGUCGACCUAACCCCGGAGUUUCUUGGAUUGCCAUUGUCAUGGUCGGGCGUUGCAGGAGACACCCACGCGACUGGCUACGAGCCUGAAGAUAUAUCCUCGUCCAGGCCGACAUGCAACAAAAAUUGUACUGCAGUCAUCUCCCGGCUAUUUCCAGAGCUGUUCUGUUCUUUUGGAAGCAGAUGCGAACGCAGCCAGCUGCAAGGCCAAUCAUUGGUCAAUGUCAUCGCCAGCAAUGAGAGUAUGUCGGAAGCCAUGAAUAGCAUUCUCGAGUGCGAGUGUAGCCAAGAUAUCCACGUACUAUUCAUUGUCGGCCUAUGCACCUCGAAGGUCAUGUCUUCCUAUCUCAGAACAAUGCGACGUGAGUGUCUCAAGAAUGCACAGCGAGCCGGCGACUCAGAUACGACGAACGACCAUCAGCGAAGCACACUAGACGUAGAAGAUAGUGAUGCCAAAGCCGAGAUCAUGGCAGCUCGCAUGGUUCUCGGCGGACUCCAUCGCAUCCAGCAACUUCUGGCUCAUCUAUCCGAGCGUCUCAAACAGACAGAGCCGGAAGGUGAUCUUGCCAACGACUAUGCUGGGCUAGGAGGGCUUACAGGAAAUGAGUUGAGAAAUCCAUUUCCCCGCUCAAUGCUUCAACAGCUUGAGCACAGCUUACGAGCCCAUCUUCGCUAUGUUUUUGCAUGUCGAGUGCAGAAGGUGAUGGACGAAAGAGAUAUUUCUUGA